AUGGGCGAGUCUCCCACGAAAAGGAUUUCGGGACCGGUGCCAAUAGUGCGAAGGGAUUCCGAUGCUCGCGUUGCGAGCCGUAACACCAGCAGAAGGACGUCCAUGGCCAGACUUGCAGCAUCGCCCUUGGUGUCUGGAACGCCCUUAUCUGUACUCAAUCAGAAACGGCCCGAAUCUCCCAGUUCCUCAGUGAUCGAUGAUAGAGCCAGCCCUGGGACUGUGCCUAGGAAUCCCUCUGCUCAAGCUUAUCCGUCUCUCUCUACUUCUGGUUCAUCAGAGGCUGAAGACACGUCCAUUUUGGGACGUGGUGAGCCACAGGUAGACAUUCCCCUAUCGUCGUCCCACAGUUCCGCGAUAGACGAUCCUACAUUGUGGAAGAAUGUAUCCAAGCAUUUAGCUACUGAUGCAAAGGGCUCGCUGAAGUUAGCAAGUGGUGAUAUCACGAGAGAUCUCUAUACGUUACCUGCUAAGAAAAACAACUUGAGACGUUCACGCAGUUUGACGGGUGCAGAUUUGCCUGGAGAACGCCGUGGCUCUGCGGCAUCGCAAAUUCGUCUUCCGGGAGGCUUCAGAAGACAGUUCAUUCUUCACAAGAACUCAAAGUAUGGUCACCAGUUGUCCAAGCCAACAUUCUUCACUAGGAAUUUCUUAGAGUUCUUAUCCAUUUAUGGACACUUUGCCGGUGAGGAUUUGGAAGAUGAGGAUUAUCUGGCAUGUUCCUAUGUGGUCGACAAAGAUACCGACGAGGAGACUCCUCUUUUGGAGCCGCGGGCUCAUGGGGGCACUGCAUCGACGCUGAAAUCGUUUUUCCUGCUUCUUAAAUCGUUUGUCGGAACAGGAGUGCUAUUUCUACCUCGCGCAUUCUACAACGGUGGCAUUCUCUUUUGCACGUUAACUCUACUCUUUUUUGGAGUCCUGUCAUACUGGUGCUACUACAUUCUUGUGUUGACGAAGGUGAAAACUAGGGUGUCCUCAUUCGGUGACAUUGGAAUGACUCUUUACGGAAAGAAUAUGAAGCUGCUCAUUCUUAGCUCUAUCAUUCUUUCUCAAGUUGGCUUUGUGGCUGCAUACACCAUUUUCACUGCUGAGAACCUCCGCGCGUUUACAAUCAACUUUUUCAACAUGGACAUCUCCCUUGGCAAGUGGGUUGUGAUGGAAUGUGUGGUAUUUAUACCACUUUCAUUGAUUAGAAACAUCACAAAGCUGUCGCUGGCUGCCCUUUUAGCCAACAUAUUUAUUUUGAGCGGUCUGGUCACCAUAGUAUACUAUGCUUCACUGGACCUCAUAGAAAACGGACCGGCACAUGUUGAGCUCUUCAAUCAAGACAAGUGGUCGCUGUUCAUUGGUGUGGCUAUCUUUGCAUUUGAGGGAAUCGGCUUAAUUAUCCCGGUUCAAGAAUCGAUGAAGCAUCCAGAACAGUAUCCAAAAGUUUUGGGAGCAGUCAUUAUUGUAUGCUCCAUUCUAUUUAUUGGGGUCGGCUCCUUGGGAUACAUGACUUACGGGGAUCAGGUCAACACAGUAGUGAUUCUCAACCUUCCGCAGUCAUCCAUUGCAGUGAGAUCCAUCCAAUUGUUCUAUGCCAUAGCUAUACUUCUUUCUGCUCCGUUACAGCUGCUGCCUGCAAUUAGAAUCAUUGAAUCCAGAAUCUAUAAAAGGCGGUCUGGAAAGACCGACUCGGCUACUAAAUGGUCCAAAAACAUGUUUCGUACAUGCGUGGUGGUUGGGACAAGUCUGAUCGCAUAUUUGGGGUCGUCCAACCUGGACCAAUUUGUGUCCUUUGUUGGUUCCUUUGCCUGCAUUCCAUUGGUGUACAUGUAUCCUCCAAUGCUGCACUACAAGAUAUGCGCCCAUACGAGACUUAUGAAGGCCAUUGACAUGAGCCUGGUGGUUUUGGGAGGAGUGGCCAUGUUAUACACUUCCUACCAGGUGAUUGUUGGAUAG